GGUUAAUAACUAAGAAUGUGUGUCAAUAUUUUCCAGGAAGCAAUGCCAUUAAGACUGAAGGAGGUUCACAUUGUUAAUCAACCAUUCCUGUUCAACAUGGUAUGGCAAAUGUUCAAACCCUUCGUUAAGGAAAAGUUGAAGAAGAGGUUGUUCUUCCACGGAAAGAAAAUGGAGUCGCUCCAUGAACACAUUGAUCCAUCGUACCUGCCUGAAGAUUAUGGCGGUAAACUUCCCAAAAUCAAUUAUUCCAGCGUGGAAUGGUAUCCUGUUCUGAGGACAUUGGACGAUGAUUUUAAGGAAUGGAAUUCCUUUGGAGUCGUUGAGAAGAAAUGAAGUGGAGAAAACGUUGCGACCUUCAUUCAAGUGGCUAUGGA